AUGUGGCUCGACAGGCUGUCUGGGACUUCCACUCCAGCACCUCGCCCCAACGCGUCCUCCACUCCCCAAUCGCGAUCGUACUCUCCCGCCCCAAGGAAAACGAGCCGCCUUCUACCCCAAACUGGGCCUCAACGUCCAAAUUUUUCUCCACGGUCUUCGUCUUUGUCUGCUGUUUCCAAUGAUUCUUCAACGUCAUUGCUAGGGAAUUCUCGGAAACCCACGGACAGCUCCAAUUCGAAUUUGAGAAACACAACUCUCACUUACUCGGAUCCAAUCCAGGUCCUUGACAAGCUUCUGGACAUUGACCUGGGAAGCUUGCCGGUCGCCCACAAGGAUGAAAUAUGGGACAACUAUGAAUUACUGGGCGAUGUUGACUUCACUGGGUUGGCACUGCAUGAAUUCGUUCAAGAGGACGACGUGAACAAGGCAGAAGUGUCAGAGGCAGCGACAGCUGCAAAAUAUGAGAUCGAUAAAGCUAGAUUCGAAGACCUCCAUCAAUCCAUCCGCGCGUGCAACGACAUUCUUAAUUCGGUUGAACUGAACUUGACAAGCUUUCAAAAUGACCUGGGUGACGUUUCUGCGGAGAUCGAAACAUUGCGAGCAAGGUCAACGACGCUAAGCUCCAGGCUCGAAAACCGAAAGGUUGUAGAACUUGGAUUAACACCAGUUGUUGAAGAUAUCACUGUUUCGCAAACCAUUGUGAAAACGAUAUCAGAAGGCGACAUUGAUGAGUCGUGGAUUGUUGCCCUGAAUGUGGUUGGAAAGUGGUCAAAGGCAUUAAACGCCAAGGCAAUUGAGGCACACAAUAUAAAGAGUGUUACUGAUUUGAAGCCCUUGCGUGACCAGCUUGUUAAUAUUGCCAUCGAAAGGAUCCGGGACUUCCUAGUCGCCCAGAUUAAGGCUCUACGAUCACCGAACAUAAACGCUCAGAUCGUUCAGCAACGUCACUUUAUCCGAUAUAAAGAUCUGUUUUCAUUUCUAUGGAAUCAUCAUCAGACCUUGGCCGAAGAGAUUGGUCAGGCUUACAUGAACACUAUGAGAUGGUACUAUUUGAAUCACUUUACUCGAUAUGAGAGGGCGCUCUCAAAAGUUAAAAUACAUGCAAUAGACAAGCAUGAUGUACUUGGGAAUGAAGACAGUCCACGCAAGAGCACGCUGCUUACCUCGUCAAAGGCAACUGGUCCGCCGCAUGAUGCCUUCAGCCUGGGACGACGCAACGACAUCCUCACGACAUCGAACCAAUCGGCUUUACCCAGCCAUUUAGCAGAAGAAGACACGGCAACUCAUUACCUCGAGUUCCCAUUUCGCAACUUCAACCUGGCUCUCAUUGACAACAUUUGUGCCGAGUACUCGUUUCUCACCACUUUUUUCUCGCCCUCUCUUUCAUUCCAAACCAUAGCGCGCUACUUCAACUACAUCUUCUCGCCCACAUUUGAACUUGGUCACACUUUGACGAAGAGCCUUGUUUCGGAGACUUUUGACUCGUUUGGCCUGUUACUGUGUGUGAGACUAAAUCAAAAAUUUAACUUCAAAUUACAGAGGCAUAAGAUACCCGUUGGAGACAACUACAUCAAUGGAACGAAUAUGCUUCUAUGGCCACGCUUCCAGGUCAUCAUGGACUUGCACUGCGAGUCGGUUCGGAAACUAACGGCUAACUUGCCCACGGCACCGCCAACGUCGAAAGCCGAGCUGGCUAAGCAGUCUGCUGCGCCUUCUUUCAUGGCACAACGUUUCGGGCAACUCAUCCAAGGAAUAUUGGAGCUGAGCAAGGAAACUGGUGAUGAUGAACCUGUAAGCACAAGCUUGGCAAGACUUCGAAGUGCUCUGGAAGCAUUUUUAGCCCGAGUGGCGAAAUCUAUUGAAGGGGAAAGAAAACGCGAGAGGUUUUUAGAAAAUAGCUUCUCCCUGAUUUUGACAAUUAUUGGAGAUGCACAGGGUAAGCUGGCUACUGAGCAAAUAUCCCAGAUCCAGGCAAUGAUGACUCCAUCGCAAGAUUCCAAAUGA